AUAAUACCGAUUCGUGGAGCACUUUAAAGUUUGUUUUAAGAACAGUCGUCCAUCUAACAAAAGGUGGGUUGUGACGCGGCUACAUCCUGAUGCUCCAUCUGCGAAUUUCCUGGAGAAACAUUAACUUGAGAAACCUGGGAAGCAGAUCUGAUGAGGUCAAAGCAUCGCCUGUUAAAACAGCCCCAUCAUCUCAGACCUCGUCUAAUCACCACGUCCUGCAUCCAAAAACUGCUGUUUAAACGGACCACGUGACAGACACGUGACAGAAAUACCUGCUUGCUGUGUAACAACGGAUCAUCAAUAUUAUUGAGCUAGUGAUCGCUGCUGGUGUACUCAUCUCAUAUCGCACUACUACGGCGACUCUGCACACAAAUUGUUUGAAUACGUCAAGUUUUGUGGUGUGAAACUUUCUUAUUGUUGGAUCAGCUGUUUAGUUAAAUAUGUCUACAGCCGCAAGUCACGUGGUCUUACCUCGACUCAAGAAUUUCAACCAGGUUUCCUUUGUGGCCAAUGCUGUCACAUCGUCCGCAGACAAGAUGAAAGGGGGUAGGGGUAAAGUGAACAAGGGACCGACGAUUGAGGAGUUACGGCAACAAGCCUUAGAUAGAGCUAAACAAUCUAUGUACAAAGAAAGUGGAAUAAUAAUGGGAAAACUGAAACGUUUAACUUGCUUGGUCGCAAAUAUGAGAAGGGAAACCGAUAUUGAUGCAGAGUACGUCAGACUGGAGAUAAAGAAACUCACCAAACGAGCAAUUCAGGAGAUUUACGCUAGGGAGGAGGAGCUGUUAGAGCAGGUAGAUAAACUAGUGAAAGAAGCUAACACCACUCUUGAUGGCCAGUACAAGCAACUCUCUAACCUCAAAACCCAAUUCAAUUCCAAGGAGAUGGUGUGCAGUGAAAGACUUGAACAGGAGAUUGAUCACGAAGUUCUGAAAACCCCUGCCCCUCUAAUAACUUACCAAGAGAACGUUCAACAAGCCCUGAACUUCCUGAAAACCAAUGAGGCUAACUACAAGAGAAGAUGGGUGGGGUUCAGGACUGCCAACGAGCCGAACUUUAAGAACACUGUCAAAGUGCUGGGAUUUGUUGGAAUAUCAGACCCCAGAGCAGUCAGACCUUGGAGAAGUAUUGGAAAAGAAGGAAUAGAGUACGGACAGUUUAGAGGACCCGUUGGGAUCGAUGUUAGCAUGAGAGGGGAAAUUGCCAUCUCAGACUUCGAAAAUCAUCGAGUACAGCUGCUUGAUAAAAACGAGGAGUUCAAAGGAGUGUUUGGAAGCAAGGGAUCAGAUUCUGGUAGCAUGAAGGGGCCGAACGAUGUUAAAUGUGAUAAGGAUGGUCGAUAUGUGGUGGCGGACACUUUCAAUCAUAGGAUCUCAUGGUAUGAUAAUAAAUUGGAGCACCUACAAAGCAUAGGAAGAAAAGGAAACAAAGCAGGAGAGUUUGACAGACCUAGAAGUUUGGCUAUAACCAGCGAGGGUAACAUUGUGGUGGCGGACACUGGAAAUCAACGUGUCCAGGUAUUCACGGGAGAUGGGGAGUAUUUGUUUGCGUUUGGAGAUCUUGGCAAGGGUCCAGGCCAGUUCAAAGGACCACAUGGACUGGCUGUUGAUCACAAGAACAAUAUCUACGUGGCUGAUCUCUACAAUCAUCGCAUCCAGGUGUUCGACGAAUCAGGAAAGUUUGUCAGAUCGUUCGGGAAGGAAGGACGGCUGGAAGGCGAGUUAUCAGAACCACGAGCGAUAGCCUUCACUCCGUCCACCUCGCCGGGGGAGGCAGGUAACCUUCUGGUGGCAGAGAUGGAGAACCAGAGAGUUACUAUGUUUAGCGACGAUGGACAGUACCUCUGUAUUUACGGGGACUCUUGUGAGGAGAACAGUUCGUUUGGUUGUCCAAGCGGAGUAGCAGUUGAUUCAGAAGGGAGAAUAUUUAUCAGCGACUCAAAGCUCAAUGUUAUCCACAUUCUCUGAGAACCAGAAUGAGAUAAGUUUUCGAUAUCUCUCUACUGUUCAGAGAGGUGAAUUUGUUUGAUUGAUAAGAUGAAAGAGUGUAAAACACAAACCUAAUUCAUUGGUGAUCGUUGUUCAGAAAAGCUCAUUAAAAUAGAGGGUGUAAGAUGACGGAGAGUGAUCUUAAGAUCUUAGUUAAUCGACACAGAUGAACUUUACAAAGGACUUGCAAGCUGAAUUUGUCAGAAAUUGACCGAGGUCAACCAAAUGCAUUCAGAUUCGUGAAGUGCAGAACUAUUGUUUUAGAACUAGACUGUUGUUUUAGAACUAAACUGUUUUAGAUGUGUGGAAUAGUAGGCUACAUGAAAGGAAUACAGGAAUAUCAGUAUCCUUGAAUUUUGCGAGGAAACCGACCGUGUAAAGAAUGUAUAGUGCUGUAAAUAUAUUCAUUUUUUUUCAACAGUUGAUAACAUUUUUUC